GGACAAGGUAAUCAUCCUCCUGGCUGCCUGGAUCCGUGGCCGAAACUGAGCUUGAAGAACACGUGCACUUGGGUGGAAAGAAUUGUUUCCCUUGAUAGUUUUCAGCUUUCCGGUUCCCUCCAGGGCCCCAACGGGAAGCUGGGCCAGGGGUCAGUGGCCAGAAGAGAUCUCCUCUUAGAGAGAAGCUGGGCUCGGUGAGCGAUUCUGAUGUGGGUACUUAUGGGUCUCCCUCAUGGGAACCGGGGACCCUGGUCGUGUUCUCAGGCUGUGACCUGUAUCCUUCCUACCCAGGAGGCCCAGUGUCUUACAGCCUGACUAGCUAUGUGUAGUUCUGAGGAGGCAGACCUGCUUCGUCUGGAGGAGGUCUUCUCAACCACUCUUGGUUGCACUAUCCGUCUUAUCCUCCAGCCCCUGCUCUCAGCUGACCCUGAACCCUCAGACCCCUGUGGCCGAGAGUGCCUUCAGCUUUUGGAGCAACUGCGUGAGAAUGCCCAACGCUUGAGGGAGGUGACGGAGCAGAGCCUGCGUUCGCUGCAGCAGAGGCUGUACCACCCACCAUCAAUGGGUCUAGAGGCCCUGCUGAUACUGAACAAUACCAACCACAUCCUGCAGGCCCACAUGGAGUACAUCAAGUCCUAUACUGACUGUGUGGUGGUGCAGGCCUUUCAGAAGGUCUCAAAGAGGAGGAGUGAGUACUGGAGGAGCCAGCGGAAGGCCCUGCGGCAGCUGCUGUCUUGUGGGAGCACUGAGGGCUUGGUGGGCACCACGAUGUGCCAGGCCCUCCACCAGCCACACGCCCAGCACGUGCAGAAGUACGUGCUCCUCCUGCUGCGCCUCAAGGACACCCUUGGCAAGCACCACCCAGCCGAGGAGCUGGUGAUGAAUGCAGUCACCCAGUUUGGGAACCUGCAGUGCUUCAUGAAGGAGGCCUUGGACCAAGCUGUGGCCACACAGGCCCUGUGGCACAGCCUCAGCAGCCGGCUGAGGGAUGUGCUCUGUACCCCUACCCACCGGCUCCUACAGGACAGCCAGGACAUCCCUGUGGUGGUCACCCCGCUGCGGGCUGAGCGUGUGCUGCUCUUUGAUGAUGCCCUUGUCCUGCUGCAGGGCCAUAAUGUCCACACUUUUGACCUGAAGUUGGUGUGGGUGGAGCCUGGCCAAGACAAGCACGUGUUUCACGUCCUCACACCUGAAGAAGAAUUCUCCUUCUGCGCCAGAGACCCCCAGGGCCAGGUUGUCUGGUGGUGGAAGGUGACCCAGGCUGUGUGUCAGGCCCUGCGUGGCAAGAAGGACUUCCCUGUGCUGGGGUCAGGCCUGGAGCCACCUGUACCCACUGACUGCCGCUGUGUGGCCUAUACCUUCCACCAUGAGGGCCGGCUCUACCAGGCCACCUAUGAGGGCGAGUGGUGUCGGGCCAAGCCCCAUGGCAAGGGAACCUUGAAGUGGCCGGAUGGGCAGAACCACGUGGGGGAUUUCUGCCAGGGCCUGGAGCAUGGCUUCGGCAUCCGCCUGGUGCCCCAGGCCUCUGAGGACAAGUUCGACUGUUACAAGUGCCACUGGCAGGAAGGCAUCAUGUGUGACUACGGCAUCUGUGAGUACGGCACUGACAAGGUGUACAAGGGGUAUUUCCAGGCUGGCCUGCGGCAUGGGUUUGGUGUCCUUGAAAGUACCCCACAGGCCUCCCAGCCCUUCAGGUACACAGGCCACUGGGAGAGAGGCCAGAAGAGUGGCUAUGGCAUUGAAGAGGACAGUGACAGGGGUGAGCGUUACAUUGGCAUGUGGCAGGCUGACCAGCGUCAUGGCCCUGGGGUCGUGGUCACCCAGGCAGGCAUCUGCUAUCAGGGCACAUUCCAAGGGAACAAGAUGACCGGCCCAGGCAUCCAGCUAUGUGACGAUGAUUCUCUGUAUGAAGGUACUUUCACCAGGGACCUGGUGUUCCUAGGGAAGGGCAAGGUCACCUUCCCCAACGGUUUCACCUUGGAUGGUUCUUUCAGCAGUGGGACAGAUAAAGGAAUGUGCAUACAGGGAAUGCUGGACACAGCUGCCCUCUUGCCCGACCCAAGCAGUACUCGCAAGAGACAGCUGGGACUGGGUGCCUUCCCUGUGGAGAGCCGCUGGCAGGGAGUCUACAGCCCCUUCCGGGACUUCGUGCGUUCAGGCUGUCCUGAGGGACUGCAGGAAGCCCUGUUGGGCUUCCAUGUGCAAAGCUCUAGGGAGCUACGCAAGUCCCAUGAGGACCUGUGCUGCGAGAGAAGCCACCCCAAGGACUGUGCAAGCAGCAUGGAAGAUAUCCUGAAGGAGCUGCUGCAGCACCGCGAGCACAAGGCCCUGCAGCAGUACCUCAGGAAGGCUCUGAGCAGUCCCCGACACCCACUGGGGAGGUUACUCCGUACCCUGAUGCUGACCUUCCAGGCCACAUACGCAGGCAUAGGGGCCAACAAACACCUGCAGGGGAUGGCCCAGGAGGAGGUCAAGCAACAUGCCCAGGAGCUUUGGGCAGCCUACAGGGGUCUGCUGAAGGUCGCCUUACAUCGCCAGGGCCGGACCUUGGAGGAGGAAGGCAUGGAGACAAGGGACAAGCAAGUGCAUGGGUUGCUGCUGCCCCUCAUCCUGCCCAGCUUCUACUCAGAGCUCUUCACACUGUACCUGCUUCUCCACGAGAGAGAGGAUGGACUGUACAGCCAGGGCAUCGCCAACCUCAGCCUGUUCCCUGACACCAAGCUGCUGGAGUUCCUGGACGUGCAGAAGCAUCUGUGGCCCCUCAAGGACCUCAAGCUGACUAGCAAUCAGAGAUAUUCUCUGCUCCAGGACGAGUGUUUCCUUUCAGCCACCAAGUGUCUGCAGAAGAUCAUGACCACGAUGGACCCUUGGGAGAAGCUAGAGGCGCUUGAGAAAACCUACGGGGAAAUUGAGGCCACGGUGUCGCGGGUGCUGGGCAGGGAACACAAACUGCCCAUGGAUGACCUCCUGCCGCUGCUCAUCUACGUGGUGUCGCGAGCUCGAAUUCAGCAUCUGGGAGCUGAGAUCCACCUGAUCCGAGACAUGAUGGACCCUAUCCACACAGGUGGCCUCCAUGACUUCCUCCUCACAGCUUUAGAGUCCUGUUAUGAGCACAUCCAGAAAGAAGACAUGAGGCUGCACCGCCUGCCCGGACACUGGGACUCUAGAGAACUCUGGUGACAUGGCCACUCUGGACCAAGUGCAGUGCUAAAGGCCACAUGGUGGAGUAAGCGCCACCUACCUCCUCCCUGCCGGCAUCGAGGCAGGCUGUAGAGAUGUUUCUCAAAGGAGAUGGUGUUCCGCUUCCUGCAAGGACACACUUAGC